AUGGACCUCGCCGAAGCACAGGCUGCCGCCUCCUCGGAGGGCCUGGUGCUCGUGCGCUGCGCUGGCUGCGCAAGUGGGUUCAAGGGUGUUUACGCGAAUGGAGGCGGAUAUCGAGGCUGCUACCAGGACCAGAGUUCCAGGCCAAGGGGCACAAGGAAGCUUCCGACGGUGGGAUCCGCCGUCGAAGCCGCGCUCCAGCUCUCGCGGAAGCUCCGCUGGACGGCUGCCUGCACGUGCCGUGUCUGCGCACCGCCGCCGCCGUCACCGGCGGCACGGGACGAGGCCACUGUUGUUGCUGCAGCCACGCAGGCAGGCCUCACGCUCGCAAGCUCGGAGGGGCUCUCGCUGAGUUUCAACUCGACCAGCCGCCGGUCGGCCGACUUUGCGGCGGGCCGUGCCACGUGGUCCCAGGACGAGAUGGUCGACGCGUUGCUGCAGACCGCCGAUGGCCGGGCCUUUGGCGGCAGGGAGGCAAAGUCUCUCUUCGGUGGCUUCCUCUCGGAGGAGGCUGCGUGGGAGGGCGACGAGCAGGCCUCGUGGUUUGACAUCCACCCUCACCGCGGGCCAGGCGGCCGGUUGAUCCCCAGCGGCACCUACCACUGCACGCACCGCACCUCCGACGGCACCUGCUGCGCCUUCGCGCUCGAGGGGAUACCUCUGUACGGCAACUUCGAGCACUGCAUGUACUACAAGUUCGGGGAGCCGGCGCUCGCCAUGACGCGGGAGAUGGAGGCCCACGAGAAGUCGCACCUCAAGGAGAUGCCACUGACGCGCGAGGAGUGCGACGAGGCCUGCUUCAACCUCACGUGUCAGGGCUACGAGCGCAUGUACGAGCUGGAGGUGGCCGACAACGAGUCGGGCUUCGCGGGUGUGUGGGUUCACCGAGCAGGCAAGAAGCGCUACCAUGUUGGAGAGGCGUCUGGCACCUUUGCCACCGCGCACGAGGCCGCCCUCGCCCGCGCAAAGGCGCGCACCAAGGCUCGGCAGCAGCAGGCACAACACGAGGUGCGCUCGUCGCGCGAGGCCACUCGCGUGCCCUGA